GCAGUAUCUCUAACCAGGGGACUUUGAUAAGGAAGCUGAAGGCUGAUAUUACCUUUGCUCCCUCACUGCAACUGAACACAUUUCUUAGUUUUUAGGUGGCCCCCACUGGCUAACUUGCUGUGGAGUUUUCAAGAGCAUAGAAUCAUCCUUUUCAGUAUUAAAAGAAGAUGCUGUUUAAUCUGAGGAUCCUGUUGAACAAUGCAGCUUUUAGAAAUGGUCACAGCUUCGUGGUUCGAAAUUUUCGGUGUGGACAACCACUACAUAAUAAAGUGCAGCUGAAGGGCCAUGACCUUCUCACUCUAAAAAACUUUACUGGAGAAGAAAUUAAAUAUAUGCUAUGGCUAUCAGCAGAUCUGAAAUUUAGGAUAAAACAGAAAGGAGAGUAUUUGCCUUUAUUGCAAGGGAAGUCCUUAGGCAUGAUUUUUGAGAAAAGAAGUACCCGAACAAGGUUGUCUACAGAAACAGCAGGUUGGCAACCGUCUUUUUGUGGUAUCUGUGAAGAAACAUUUGUGAGCCCAGUGAAGCCUAUAGUGAAAAACCGAAUGUCUUCUUAUAAAAACUAGAUGGAAGCUAUCUGUGCAACUGCUUUGUGAUGUGUGCAUUUAUCUCACAGAGUUAACCCUUUCUUUGGAUUCAGCCAUUUGCAAACAGUUUCUGUAGAAUCUACGAAGGGACAUUUGGGAGCCCAGUGAAGCUUGUAGUGAAAAAUCAAAUUCCCCUGAGAAAAUCUAGAAAACAGCUAUCUGUGAAACUACUUUGCAAUGCAUGCAUUUAUCUCACAGAGCAUGUUGGAAACAGUCUUUUUGUAUAAUCUACGAAGGGACAUCUGAAAACCUUUUAAGGCCUAUAUAAAAAGAAAAGAAAAGAAAAGAAAAGAGUAUCACCAGAUAAAAACUAGAAAGGAGUUAUCCAUGAAACUGCUUUAAGCAGGUUGAAAACAGUAUUUUUGUAAAAUCUGCAUAGAAAUAUUUGAAAGCCCAGCGAAUCAUAUAGUGAAAAACCAUAUAUUUCCUAAGAAAAACUAGAAGGAAACUAUCUGCAAAAGAGCUUUGUGAUAUGUGCAUUCAUCUCACACAGGUAAACUUUCUUUUGAUUCACCAGCUUGGAAACAGUUUUUUUUAAUAGAAACUGCAAAGAUAUAUUUGGGGGCACAGUUAAGUCUAUAGUGAAUAAC